AUGACCAAGCUGCAGAACUUCACUUGGGCAGUGGAAGAUAUUUUCAAGGAAACCUUCCUCAACUACAUGAACAGCUGGAGGAGGAACAUGACAGAAGCAGCGGACAAACUGCAGGCUGAGGUGGCCGCUGAAAACUUUGACUACGUCAUCCUGUACCUGAUGGUGAUGAUUGGGAUGUUCUCCUUCAUCAUCGUGGCCAUCCUGGUGAGCACUGUGAAAUCCAAGAGGAGGGAGCACUCCAAUGACCCCUACCACCAGUACAUCGUGGAGGACUGGGGGGAGAAGUACAAGAACCAGGUGCUGAACCCAGAAGAUCUCAAGUGUGUGGUCCAUGAAAACCUGGGGGCAAGGGAUAAAACAAGCCCAGAGUCACCCUGA